CACCUCUACUAAUAUAAAUCUCAUUCAAUAACAAUGUUAUCCAAUUUAUCCUCUCCCACAAACAAUCCCUCUCCCUCCUCUCCUUCCACAGUCCACGCCACUUCCCCAUUCCCAUAGCGUUCAUUUAUCCAUCUCACUUCUCUCUCUAACAGGCUAACUUCGACUGUGGCAGUCUCUCUCUCUCUCUCUCUCUCUCUCUCUCUCUAACUCCGAGCUCGUUUCAGAAGACGAAAAUGGUAUGCGUGUAUACGAAGAAUAACAAGUCAUGUACUGAAUGAGGUCAAAAUUAACGAAGCGUAGCUUGUUAGGCUCUUUUACUAAGUGGGUUUUAUUUGUCGGACCGGAGCAGAGUACUAGCUUGAGAAUUCUCAAGAAUUUAGUUGAACCAAUCAUUUCUCAAACCUCAAGGUUGGUCUUUUCUCAAACAGCUUAAGUUUGUGAAGAUUUUAUUGAUUUAUAUUCCAGGGCCAAGUUAUGGGAGAAGUUAUGGCUUUAGGGAAUGGCCUUCCUUGCCUGCAUCAAUUAUAUAGUCCAAUUAGUUGUGUGCGCGGUUACCAGCCUUUUCAUCACUCUUUACAUCUUAAUUCAUCUCUGAAUUUUAGCAAAAAGUGUUCCUCUUGUGAGAUUUACAUGGUUUCUAUGUGGGUAUCCAAGUCCAAGAUUCCAAGGACAGGUUUCAUAACCGGCUGCAUAAAGGUGAAUAACUCAUUUCUUGCUCCGAAUAGGGUUGCUGCUUUUGAAAGUGGAUUCAUUUGUGAAGAAGAGGACAGUGAUGAAUUGAACUCAAGAGAGAAACUGGGUUUUGAAGUUGGACAUAAAUUGCCUCCUUGGGGAAGGUUGGGGAUUUGCGAGGACUCAGUUUCAGAACCUGAUGGUUUAAACGGGCCCAAGGCAGCUUCUGAAGGGAAGAUUAUGUUGAAUGUAAAUAGAGUUCAUUUUUUGGAGGAAGCGGAUGAAGAAACUUUAUCUAAGCGAAUUUUGGAGCUUAGUAGAACUAACAAGAUCAGAAGUGCAUUGGAAUUGCUCAGGUCCAUGGAAUUAUCGUGUCUGCGUCCCAACUUACAUGCCUGCAAUUCAGUUUUGUCUUGUCUCUUGAGGAAUGGGCUACUAGAUGAUGGCCUUAGAGUGUUUGAGUUCAUGAAAACAAAGAAGAUGACCACAGGACAUACUUAUAGCUUAAUACUAAAAGCAGUUGCAGAUGCUCGAGGUUGCGACGCUGCCCUUCAGAUGUUUAGUGAAAUAGAAAGAGAUUGCGAAGUUAAGAAUAGUUUUGAUACAAUUGUUUACAAUACAAUGAUAUCAGUCUGUGCUAGAGUGAACAACUGGCUUGAAACACUGAGAUUAUGGAGAUCCAUGAAAGAAAAUCAUCAUACUGAAACAAGGGUAACUUACUGUCUCUUAGUUAGCAUUUUUGUUCGAUGCAAUCAGAAUGAAUUAGCCCUUGAUGCUUACUGUGAGAUGCUUCGAAGCAAAUUUGAACCAGGUAGUGAUACAAUGCAAGCUAUAAUUGGCGCUUGUGCAAAAGAAGGAAAAUGGGAAUUUGCAAUGAACGUUUUCCAGAGCAUGUUGAAGAGAAAUAUCAAGCCAAAUGCUAUUGCAUGCAAUGCGCUCAUUAACUCACUUGGGAAAGCUGGGGAGGUCAAACUGGCAUUUGGGGUGUAUGAUAUUAUGAAAUCUUUAGGCCAUUUACCAGAUGCAUAUACAUGGAAUGCAUUACUUAGUGCACUCUACAGGGCGAAUCGACAUGAUGAUGCUCUUCAGCUCUUCGAGAACAUCAAGCAAGAGAAAAAUUCGCAGCUGAAUUCGCAUUUGUAUGAUGUCGCUUUGAUGUCUUGCUCUAAGCUUGGUUUAUGGGAGAGAGCGUUGCAGCUUUUGUGGCAAAUGGAAACUAAUGGAAUCUCAGUUUCGACUGCAUCAUAUAAUCUUGUUAUUAGUGCUUGUGAGACGGCAAGGAAACCUGAUGUUGCAGUGCAAGUGUACGAUCACAUGGUUCACCAGAAGUGCAUCCCAGACACACUAACUCAACUGUCAAUAGUUAGAGUUUGCAUUUGGGGUUCUCUCUGGGAUGAAGUGGAGGAUAUCCUGAAACAGGCUGCACCAGAUGCAUCCCUCUACAAUGCAGCCAUCCAAGGAAUGUGCUUAAGAGGCAAGAUCAAUUUAGCGAAAAAGCUUUAUGCAAAAAUGCGCAGCUGCAGCCUUCAACCAGAUGGGAAAACAAGAAAUUUAAUGCUUCAAAAUUUAAGAAAAAAAUCAGUUAAAUACAAAUCUAGACCUCCUUUUCAUCACCGAAAAAGGGCGAAAUUUUCUUUGAUGUCAUUGUAAGUGUAGCCAAACAUCAAAGCAGAGAAAGCUCACCAGAGGAGUAGUUUGAUAAGUAGAUAUUGCCUAGUACAUAAGUUUUGUAUAGAUUACGCCAUAAACUUGCAAAAGUCACGCUUGGCUGAUUAUGAUGAAAGUCUAUUUCCUUGACCAAACAUUGUUGUAUGGUACUCUUGCAAUGUCAAAGAACCCUAUGUUGAAAAAGGACCAGCUAUGUAGAUGUAUCUCUUUUCAACUCAA